AUGGUUUAUUACUUCACGUCCAAUGCGGUUUCCCCUAGUGCCUUCAUUUAUGUGGGAAAGGACAAGGUAGAAAAUGAGGAUCUCAUUAAAUUCGGCUUAGAAGAGGAUGUCUGGUUCCACGCCGACAAGCUUUCAAGCGCUCAUAUAUACCUUCGUAUGAAUGAGGGCAGUUCAUGGGAGUCUAUUCCAGAAGAGGUUCUGACAGAUCUGGCUCAACUCACCAAGGCAAACUCCAUCGAAGGACCAGGAAACAAGAAAGAUAAUGUUACGGUCAUCUAUACUCCGUGGGCGAACCUGAAAAAGGAUGGAAGUAUGGCUGUUGGUCAAGUGAGCUUCAAAGACCCACGAAAGGUGAAGAGAAUCAUCGUACCGCAGAGGGAGAACCCAAUCGUCAACCGUCUGAACAAGACAAAAGUGGAGAAAUUCCCAGACCUACAAAUGGAGAAAGAAGAGAAAUUGAAGGCGUUGAGGAAGAAAGACCAGUCCGCGAGAUUGGAGCGUAAAAAGGAAGAGUCUAGGAUUGCACAAGAGAGAAAGGACAAGAAGUGGCAAAAAGAACACGCUUAUGAUGAUCUUUUCACUGGGGAUGAUGAUCCUGAAGAGGCUAAUAACCAGGACAGAGAAGACCUGGAGGAUGAUUUCAUGUAG